AUGGAAUGUUUGAAGUUGUACCAGAAAUUUAUUUCAAUAGUCGUAAUUCAUGCUAGUUAUCGUGAACAUGUAUUACCGAUAUCAUUUAAACUGAUACCUGGGAAAAGUGUAAUUCGUAUUCAAGGUAUACUAGACUCGUUAACAAUGAAUGAUUCUUUCGAUUUGUACGCAUCACUAAAAUACAAUGAACCAAAGAAAAGACAACGUGCAUUAACAACUAUACCAUUAAAAUUGGAUGUAACUAAAUUACUUACUUCAUCGUAUAGUAAAGUCAUUUUUACCGAUGGAUAUUCGUCUCUCAAACAAGAUAAUCAAUAUGAACGAACAUUGUUCACUGAUCAAAUGGAAGUACCAUGUAUUGGUAGAAAUAAACAACAUUUUGAUUUUGCUGAAAUGGUGACAAUUGAUAUUGAUGGAGAUUCAACACGAUUACCACUCAUGUGUAAAAUGAUUAUUAUUCCGCAAGCCGCUAAUCAAGGAGAACAACAUAUUCUUGUUCGUGACGCAAACGUUCAAUGGGGUUAUGAACAACAACAACAAAUAGAAUUGAUGAGAAUUGCGAAUGGAUAUGAUGAACGAGUUUUAUUAACAAAAACAAACAGUUUUGAUGAUUUAUUUUAUAAUAGUCCGCGCACAAAUAGAUUCUAUGAUCAUGAUAAACGUUUACGAUAUGCAUCAUUAACAUCAAUGAAGACAGAUAAUAGCUAUAAAAAAUCAUUAACUAUAACACCAAGUAGCAGUCUUCGUGUUAAUCGUUUACUCAAUCGUCGAUCGAUGAGUGGUAACACUAUAUGGGAUAAAUCACAAUAUUAUUCGAUUCCUUAUUAUCAAUAUCGAAGCCGUCGUAACGGGUCGAAAAACGUUGGUAUUCAAGUGAAUUCAAAUGAUCUCAAAUCUUUCCCCUAUGACUCAUUAUACAAUUUUUCUUUAAAUAAGAAAAAUUUAAUUGAUAAUGAUUGUGUACAACGAUAUUCUGUUACCGUAAUUGUACCUGUUAAAAAUCGUCGAAAACAUAAGCUGUCGCUAUUGUCUAAUGGUCUCACAAAUAAUAAAAAUCACCGAACUAUGGAAAUCCAAAUACCAGUAAAUAAUCGAUCGAAACAUACAACAGUACAAUACAUCGAUACUAAAGAAUUGGUAACAAUUCAAAGAACUAUAGAUGGCCAAAUGAUAGAAGAUGUUAGUUGA